CUGCCAGAAGAUUACCAGUGGAAAUGGCGUAGCUAGUGCAUUGACGGAUUGACCCAUAAUCCAUCACACUAGCGAUACUAUAAAUACAAUUGGCAGCUUGGCACAGGACACUACACAGACAUCCCUCUCCCUCCAGUGGGCGAUUCUUUCCUUGUACCAAUCUCUCUGUCUCCGUCUUGAGAGAGAGAGAGAGAGAGAGAGAGAGAGAGAGAGAGAGAGAGAGAGAGAGAGAGAGAGAGAGAGAGAGAGAGAGAGAGAGGAGUAGGCGACGAUACAUACGCCGCCAUGGAACUGACGAGGCAGCAGCUGCUGCUUCUCGUCAUCCUCGGCGUGUCGCUGCAAGGAUGCAUUGCGCAGGGCGGGGACGGAGGAGGGCUCACGCGGGGGAGCUUCCCAAAGGGAUUCGUCUUCGGCACCGCCUCCUCCGCUUACCAGUACGAGGGAGCCGUGAAGGAGGACGGGAGAGGGAAAACCAUCUGGGACAAGUUCGCCCACACGUUUGGGAAGGUUGCCGACUUCAGUAAUGCUGAUGUCGCAGUCGAUCAGUACCACCUUUUCGAGGAGGAUAUACAGCUCAUGGCAGACAUGGGGAUGGAUGCGUAUCGCUUCUCGAUUGCCUGGUCGAGGAUUUUGCCAAAUGGUACUGGCCAAGUCAAUCAGGCCGGCAUCGACCACUACAACAGAUUUAUCGAUGCACUGCUAUCGAAAGGUAUUGAGCCAUAUGUAACCCUGUACCACUGGGACCUCCCCCAGGCCUUGGAAGACAGGUACAACGGAUGGCUGGACAGGCAGAUAGUCAAUGAUUUCGCCGAAUACGCCGAGACAUGCUUCAAGGCUUUCGGAGACCGUGUGAAGCACUGGAUCACACUCAACGAGCCGCACACGGUUGCCAUUCAGGGCUACGACGCCGGGCUUCAGGCGCCGGGGCGCUGUUCUUUGCUGCUCCAUCUCUACUGCAAGUCAGGGAAUUCAGGCACCGAGCCCUACAUUGUCGCCCACAACUUCAUCUUGGCUCACGCCACGGUUUCAGACAUCUACAGACGGAAUUACAAGGCAACUCAAAAUGGGGAACUUGGAAUAGCAUUUGAUGUCAUGUGGUUCGAACCGAUGACGAAUACGACUGCCGACAUCGAAGCUGCCAAGAGAGGGCAAGAGUUUCAGCUAGGAUGGUUCGCGGAUCCUUUCUUCUUCGGCGAUUACCCUGCAUUGAUGAGAUCACGGGUCGGGGACAGGCUACCCAAGUUCACAGCAGAUGAGGCUGCCCUUGUCAAGGGGGCACUCGACUUCGUUGGCAUAAACCACUACACCACUUACUACACCAAACACAACAGCACCAACCUCGUGGGGCGUCUGCUGCAUAACACCUUGGCAGACACCGGCACCAUCAGCCUUCCAUUCAGGAACGGGAAAGCCAUUGGUGACAGGGCCAAUUCGAUAUGGCUGUACAUUGUGCCCAAUGGGAUGAGGAGCCUGAUGAACUACGUCAAGGAAAGGUACAACAGCCCACCAGUUUACAUCACGGAAAACGGGAUGGAUGACGGCAACAGCCCUUUCACUUCCAUCAAGGACGCGCUCAAGGACAGCAAGAGGAUCAAGUACCACAACGACUACCUCACCAACCUGGCUGCCUCCAUAAAGGAGGAUGGGUGCGACGUGCGUGGCUACUUCGCGUGGUCGCUGCUGGACAACUGGGAGUGGACGGCCGGCUACUCAUCCAGAUUCGGGCUCUACUUCGUGGACUACAAGGACAGCCUCAAGAGAUACCCCAAGAGCUCGGUGCAGUGGUUCAAGAACCUGUUAAGCUCUAGCUGAAGGCUGGAAAUAUAGCUUGCUCUGUUUGGCAUUUGUCAUUUUUUCUUCAGGGCCUGACCAAGCGGUCAUCUCAAAUCAUGCAAAUUGUGCCGUGCCCAGGUCCAUGUGUACUUGUGUAGGAAGGACCGAAGGAGCACGACGAGCUGAGUGUUAAUGUUUUUAGAACCUUUUCUGGGUUAUUAAGCAUUUCAAUUCAGUGACAAAA